GUGUUCUUUGUAGAAUCCAUCUGCGAUGACCCAGAAAUUAUUACAGAGAACAUCAAGCAAGUAAAGUUUGGGAGUCCAGAUUACAUUGAUCGUGAAAUAGAAGAGGCUAUGCAGGACUUUGUGCAGAGAAUCGAGUGCUACAGGGCUUCCUAUAUGUCUAUUGAUGACGACAUGGACAGGAAACUCUCCUACAUAAAGAUCUUUGACGUGGGCAGCAGAUACCUGGUGAACCGGGUCCAGGAUCACAUUCAGAGCCGGAUCGUCUACUAUCUAAUGAACAUCCAUGUCACGCCAAGAUCCAUCUACCUGAGUCGCCACGGAGAAAGUGAACUCAACUUGUUAGGUCGCAUCGGAGGGGAUUCAGGCUUAUCGCCCAGAGGACACAAGUAUGCUGAUGCUUUGGCGUCCUUCAUCAGGGGUCAGAACAUCAAGGACCUGAAGGUGUGGACGAGUCACAUGAAGAGAACUAUUCAGACCGCAGAGACUCUGGGGGUCCAGUACGAACAGUGGAAAGCUCUCAAUGAGAUCGAUGCUGGUGUGUGUGAAGAACUGACCUAUGAAGAGAUUCAAGAGAAUUUUCCUGAAGAGUUUGCAAUGAGAGACCAGGACAAGUAUCGUUAUCGUUACCCCAAGGGGGAGUCCUAUGAGGACCUGGUCCAUCGUUUGGAGCCAGUGAUCAUGGAGCUGGAGAGGCAGGAGAACGUCCUGGUUGUCUGCCACCAGGCUGUGAUGCGCUGCCUUCUGGCCUACUUUCUAGACAAAGCUGGAGACGAGUUACCUUACCUCAGGUGCCCUCUGCACACAGUGCUGAAACUCACACCUGUAGCUUAUGGAUGUAAAGUUGAGUCAUUUUUCCUCAACAUUGAAGCUGUGAACACCCACAGAGACAAGCCAAAGAAUGUGAGCAUCAGCAGAAACCCAAAUGAAGCUCUGCAGACUGUGCCUGAUCAUAUCUGAACUGUUCUGAAACUGGAUGGAUCACUAAUAAGACUCAAAGACUCAGAGACUCAAAGACCCAAAAACCCAAAGACCCAGAGACCCAAAAACCCAAAGACCCAGAGACUCUGAUUCAAAGACUCAGAGACUCAGAGACUUGAUGCAAUGCUUGUGUGAAAACUAAGAAACUUCUUCAUCACAGCUGAUGAAGAGGAGAUGGAACACAGGAUCCAGCCUGCAGCUGCAGACGUUUGCUUUUAAUAAAAAACAAAACAAAAAAUAUGAAUAAUUUAUAUACAGAAUGAUGGUUUAUUAUUUAGUUUAAAUGUACGACCUAAUCCUUUCUGUUGUGUUGUUAUUAAUCUGAUUAAAUCAUUAGAAAUUAGAACCAUGGACAGAACCUGGAAGUAAAACUUCUGGCUGAGAUAAGAGCACAAAGAAGGGCGACUAAAGUCAUAGAGAAAUAAAAAUAUAUAAUUUAUAAAACAAGA